ACACCCCCUCACCCACCCAGCUCCUCUCUCUCCCCCGCGCAGCGAACCCUAGCCCAUGCGGAUCGAACACCCUCCUCCCCUUCCAGAUCGCAACCGCCACCUCCUACCCACCGUCCCACCCAUCCUCCGCUCGUCAUGCCCUUCCUCCGCUCGUCCGUCGUCCGUUGUCGGCUCCUGAAAAGGACCUCAGAUUUUGUUCCUGCUAGUUUGCUAAUCGCCUGGCUGGUUUUUCAUGUUUGUGUGUGUGUGUGUGUGUGCAGGCGCGUACACGGCGUGCGGGGGUGGCGCGGCCUAUGUGUGGGUGGCGGCGACGUGCAGGGUCGGCUCCCUCUUCUACUUCCUCGCCAAGGCCGUCGCGGUCUUCGGCGUCGCCGCCGCCGGCGCCGUCGGCCUCGACCUGCACGGCAAGGGCCAGGCCCUCGUCGUCGAGGCCAUGUUCCUCAUGUCGCUCGCGCUCGCGCUCGCCGCCGCGCACCUCGCCAUGGCGUACCGGGCGAGCAGCCGGGAGAAGCGCCGGCUCAACGUCGUCUACAAGAUCGACGUCGAAGCGAUGCUGCAGUUCAAGCCUGAGGAGAUUGCUGGCAUCAUUAAAGACUUUGACCAACCUGGACAUCUUGCACCAACUGGUCUUUUCCUUGGAGGCACAAAGUACAUGGUCAUCCAAGGUGAACCUGGGGUUGUCAUCUGAGGAAAGAAGGCCACCGGUGGCAUUACUAUCAAGAAGACGGGCAUGGUGGAUCGGGUCGGGGGCGAGGGAGAUCCGGAUCUCGGCCGACCCGAGCCGCGAAUCUCGUAGCUUGCCUGGCUGCUGCUUCUGGACUCUCGUUGGGAUGUUGAUUCCUGCGCUAGGAGCGGGUGUUGAUGCGAAUUAUAGAGUGUGUCUUGUUGUCUGCUAAAUAAAAUUGGAUUUGCUGCUCUUUCAGGCUCGGCUGGAGAUGAUUGCAGGAGAGUCUACUUGUAGGAUGACAAGUUGUCGCAUCUCGAGCAUAUCUCAUAGGAGAGUGGAAUGAAGUCCAUUGUAGUGACAAUAGCAGAUGUGCCAUUGUUCUAUUGUGUAAUUCUGUUUGUUUUUCUAUAUUUCUGUGUAAGGAAAUGUAUUUAGGGGAUGACUUAUUGUGUUAUGUAAACCUAGGAGAUGUAUUAUGUGAUGUUAUAUGAUGGAUGAUUUUAAUUC